GAAAUACCCGCUGGAAGUGACGGCGCACGGCGCGGAGCUGAGCCCCGAUGAGAUCUUUAUACGCGCUUGCAUGGUAGUUGACUAUGGCAAGCUUCCUGCCGGCGAAACCCUCCUGAGGAAUUUGCGUAAAGGCUACAGCAAUGUGCAGUUCAACUUCGACUCCAAGAACGCACACUGCACAGUCAAGGGACCAUUCACUGAGCUGCAGGCCUUCAGCAGAGACCUGCUGGGCAGCCUGAACUUCAAGAGCCAACCUGUUGGAGAGAUCCUCCUGCCAGGUUCCAGCCACGUGGCCAAAGAGACCAGAAUGCAUGAUCACCAGCAAGUGCCCGACUCCACUGAGUCAGCACGAGAGACAGCAAAGCUGCCGAAUUGGGACCAGGUGUGUGAAGAGGCAGCUAAAGUCCCAUCACCUCGGGGCCCAGUGGAUGGAGAAGCUGUGGAACAGCUGGAGGACUUUUCCCUAGUGAUGGACUCGGACAUUUACUUGUACAUGCAGAGGUUCUGUGCUGCCGAGUACCAAGGUGUGCUAUGCCAGCAUCGUGUGGAUGCGGUGGAUGUUAGCAGCGAUGGCAUCGCCAUACUGUACCUCCAGCCAUCUGCAGGUAUGUCUGGGGAUAUGGACACCUUGCGGCAGGCCCGUCUGGCCCUGCAGCAGCUUUACCAGCAGCUGGAGGUGAGCUUGCGCAAGGAGAAGGUCACCAAGGGAGGACUGGAUAUGGACAGCCAGGUACUCAGGGCUCUGACACAUGAGCUUCAGAAACUGUAUCCCCAGUUGCUCUGCCACGAGGAUGAGAAGCAGCUUUAUCUUAUUGGAAACCUUGUUGAUGUCUCCCAGGCCAAGCAGUACCUUCAGGAUUUCAGCACCAGAAGAGGUGCUGCACACACAGUUGGCAUGCUCAGCAGCUCCCUGCCCUCACACUCAGCAACCUCCCACACCACAGAGGCUGCACUGCACAAGCCCAAAGCACCUGUGGACACCUCAACCUCAAGGCUCAGCCCAGGCAGGCUGGAGCUGAAAGGUGAGCUCAAGCUAGCUGCCAACUUCAGCAGUCUGAAAGCUGACAGGUCUCAGGCCAGCCGGGGCCUAUUGCUGAAUCAGGAUGCUCCACCGGUGGGACAGGCGCAGCUUUCUGGAAAGCUCUUAUCAGAGACACAUGCUCCAGGUCCAAGUGACCCAACAGCACUGACCCAGCAGUACCAGCCUCAUGUCUCUACGACAGAUGUGGUUUUGGGGUCAGCAGCAGAGUCUCAGCAGAAGGACCCCAAAGAAUGGGACCAUGUGAAAGGAGGUGCCAGUGUUACAAGACACAAGGCUCUGUCUCCCUUUGAGGGCAAAGAAAACAGCACUUCGCAGCAUCCUGGGGACUCUAAAGGCUCAGGUCCCAUCAAGCACCACCCCCUCGCUAGCACAUCUAGUACCUUUGACACGACAAGGACCUCUUCUGCUUUAGACUCUAAACCCUCUGAACCCAGGCCUCUGCUGCGACGUUCUAACAGCUUCUCCCUGCCAAGGUCAAAGGAAAGCGACAAGCCCCAAGACACUGGCAGGGCAGGCAGCAGAGGCAGUAGGGUGAGUGAAGAAAUGAGCCUGGACUCUCUGCAGUGGUCUUACCUGAAAGACGUUUGCCGCUCUGCUAUUGAUGAACUGUGCGGGGAUGGAGGUGUGCAGAUCUCAGAGCAUCGUACUGGGGACUGCACUGUGCUGACGCUACAGGCGGAGGACAGGAGCAAGCUUUUCCAGGCUAAAUGGAAGGUGGAAGCUCUUGUGCAGAAGUGUCCUGACCUUGUGUGUCAGAGUAUGAGCUACUCGGAGCUCGCUGUAGAUGGUCCAGAUGACAGUGCCCUGAGUCAACUGUGCAGUCUCUUGCGAGGAAAAUCCCUCCAGGUUGGACUCAGCAAAGACAAGUACAAGCUAUAUCUUGCCUGCCCCAAGGAGAUGCUGCCAGGAGUGACUGAGGCCUUCCACGUGUUUUCUUCCAGGAGGCUCCGUGCCCUGAAGUCUUCAUCCUUGUCUCCAGGACCAGAGAGUACAGGGCACUCAAGUGUCAUCCAGCCGAGCAGAAGCCAGGACACGGUGCUGGGUGCAGCCCUUCCCAGCAGCCUGGAGUCCCUACAGAUGGGCCUGCAGCACCUGAACAUUAGCAAUAAAGCAGACCACCCAGAUGUGCUCAGGGCUUUCUGGCUGCCAGAGGCUGAGGAAAAGAGGUCCCCCAGUCCUCGGAGGUUCCAGCAGGCACCGGGGCAGGAGGAGGCCAAUGACCAUGUUGAUUCUGGGGCUGUGCAAGGAGGAAACAGCCUCCUCAGCCCUAGCAUAGUGGAUAAGCCAAAUCCUGCUGGCGUGAGGGAGUCCCAGGAGCAGCCGAAGACAAAAGUGUCUGUGGGGGAGCCUGACAUUGCACGGCUAAAGCAGGUUUUGCCAGACAGAUUCCAGUUGGCAAGAGACAAAAGCAGAGGAGGCCACAACGAAGCGAUGGGACAGCUGCGGUCACCAGUUCCUGCAGCAGACGGUGCUCCUCAUUCCCUGCCUACCUGGCUGUACAGGACUACGGCUGCUGAGCCACCUGAGGCUGCAGCUGAACAGUCGCCUGCAGCAGAGCCCAGGGGCCAGGAACGGGCCCUGCUCCCAGUGGGCAGGAGCAAUGUGCAGGAGGAGCCUGACCUCUCGUCACAGCAGACAAGAGGCCCCAGCCUUGGACAGGAAAGCGGCAAGACCCCUCUGGGCCGGUGUGAUGCUUGUCAGGGCUCAGGUGUGACCUGCCAGGCCCCCUGCGGUCACGCCUUGUGCAGGACAUGUUUUGCAGCGGACAGUACGCAGCCAACUUGCUGCAGCUCCUCCUCAGUUGCCCCGAGCCACAAGAUCUCAGGGACAUUCAAGAUCUCCUCCCUGUCUCAGAGUCUGCCUGGCUACUAUCGACACCUAACGCUCCAGGUUGCCUACAACAUCCCUGAUGGCGUGCAAGGGGUGGGUGACCCCCGGCCAGGACAGCCUUACAAAGGGGGGAAUUUCUAUGCCUUCCUGCCUGACAACAGGGAAGGGCAGAAGACAGCAGUGCUGUUGAAGAAAGCAUUUGUGGCUGGGGGGGAUUUGCGGCUGGGCUGA